AUGUACAAUAGAUGCUUCCCGCAUUCUCAACUGAGGGACGCAUUGAAAUUUAAAACAAAACCGUUCAUUGUGAAUAAUGUAAAAAACGACCGCGGGAUAAAUCGUAGCGGCUAAAAUGUUGUAAUGCUCGUUUUAGUCGUUGUAAGCAUCAACUGCUGGUAUUUCCCCAGACGCGUCACCGACUCACGGACAAACGCGUGGGACAGAGGUUUCCCGCCAAAUAUGUUGUUCCGCCAUAAUAAUAAAACGUGUGCACCCCUACACGCACAACACGCGUAGUCUCGCCGCUGCUGUGGUGUUUUACACGCAGGAUAAUGUUGUUGAGCAAUGCCCAAGGGCAGUUGCCGUGGCAACUCCCUUGUUCAACAGGAUGGCGAUAGUGAUGUCUCACUCCGCGACCGUGAAAAUCGCAGAACUCAUCAGCUGUUAGAAAACUAGACGCGCUCAUAUUAUUGUAGUAGGCAUGUUCGGAUGUGCAUGCAUCGUUCGUUAAUCGUAAUUACCAGUUUUAUUAAUCAUGGACUCCGGGAUCACGGAGGAGGAAAGACGGAAGGUUUCUUUACACCUGAACGUGGAAGAAACUGCUGGCUGCUGUGGCAGUGACAGCGGCGUUGACGUAACGCCUGCUGUAUCGUGCGACUCGAGUUUGGCGUCAGGCUGUUAUGAUCCAUGCAAGAGCCCACUAGGUCCGUUCAGUCCGACUGAAACAGGCGGCGGCAGUGGACCAUCCUCGUUGCCCUGUUACCCCGAUGCAACGAACUACAGUUCUACCACGCCUGUUUGGCGCAGAACGGCUGAUCGACCGCCGAAGUUGCCUAAUAGCAUGUCGUCGUCUUUCCACUUCGAAACAAGUAGAAGCAGUCCGUCCAGAACUGAACCGAAAAAAACCGAUCUGAACACAGUGGCCAAACAGUCGAAAAUCUCCACGGUUAAAAAGCUAGUCAACACGUAUGACAUGGUUAAAUCUUUAGACAGGUACGCCACGUUGCCCAGACGUAGGAGAAAGUCUAAGGAAAAUCUUGCCGUCACUGCAUCGAGUACCAAUACUGGUACACCACCCAAAGAACCUAGUCUGAACCGAGCAGCCAGUUUGAGAAGAAAGCAUAUCGAACAGGGUGCACUCUCGCAGAAUGCUUCUUCUACAGCUUCAUUGUCACCGUCGCCCGCUAAACCAACUCUUCCUAAAGCUACUAGACCACCACCAGUAACCUUCAAGACAAAAAUAUAUCAUGAAGUUUGUUCACAAACGUGCCUGACUGGUGAAGACAUAUCAAAUGUGUUAUUGGGGAAUAUGUUACCACCGGUCGAAAACAGGGUUGAAACUUAUGAUGCUGAAGUACAGGUUAAUUUAGUAGAAAAAAAGAUCCAUACAAUUGAGACUGAGCUGAAGGAAAAGACUGAACAAUUAGACUGUAAAAUAAAAGAAUUUAAUGAACAACAAAAGUGCCUAAAACAAUUACAGGAACGACUGAAUCAUGAAAAUUUGGAUACCUGUAGACAAAUUGAUGCUUAUAGUCUUCGAUUGUGUAAUAUUUUUCAAAUCAAUGAUUGUUUGGAUCCAUCACCUUCAAAUAUUCUAGAAAUAUUAGAAAAACAAGUAUUGAACACUUCGUCUAUUAUUAAUGAACAACAAAAAGAACUUGCCCAUCUUAAGACUUUGUGCACAUCCUUGCAUAAGGAUUUGGAAAAAAGCUAUGCAGCUCAAAAAUCCCUUUUGCAAGCUAAUCAAGCAUAUGAAAUGGAGUCAACAGAAAUACAAGACUUUUUGCAAACUGAAAAAUCCAUGCUAUCUGACACAAUCAAAGAACUAGAAAAAGAAGUCAAAGAUUACAAAGAACAGUUAGCUAUAAAAGAAAAAGAAGCUUCUAAAACUAUGGAACAAUGUACACAUUUAGUACGAAUAUCUGAACAACGAAGACAAGAGAAUUUGUCAUUACAAGCAAAAAUGCGUGUGAUGGAAAAUAAAAGUCGUGAAUUGUUACAACAACAAGAAGCAACUAUGUCAAGUGCUGUUGUUGGUCUUUCAGGAUUAGGAAAUCGUCUUGAUUCACUUUUAGACAAACUCAUCAAGUCUUAUUCUAUUUUAGAAGUUGAUAUUGAAGAUGAAGUAUACUUCAAUGAGGCAUAUGCUAAUGGAGAUAGCAGCAGUGAUUCUGAACAACCAACUGCUUCAUUAAAGAAGUCUGACUCUAAAAGUCUAAUGUCAGCUAUUGUUUCUGCCAUAAAGUCAGCUCCAACUAGCUGGCACAAAGGAAAAAUAGAUAAAAACCAAACCGCUAAUCAAAAUUCACAAGAAUCUCCUUGCUCUCCUAAAUCACUCUGUUCUCCAGUGAAACAUCUCCAUACAUCAGAAUCUAUGAAAGAACUACAAAGAACCUAUACUCCAAUCAACAAAAGAAAUGGGUCGACUGGUAACCUAUUAUCACAAACUGAUUCCUUAGAUGAUUGUAGUGAUUUACAAUCAGCCGAAAGUGAAUCUUUGAAUAACCUCUCCGAAGCUAUAGUUGCCAGACAACAAUUGGAGUCAAGUAUGAAUAAUACUAGUCCUGUAAACAUUGACUUUGAAUUUUUGGAAGACUUCCGAGCUCCAGAUGCUGAUCUCUUAGACCAAGUCAUUGAUUUGGAUAACACGGUUACUAAAUUGCUGAAAGUCAUAACCAUUGUUCAGACAAAUGACAGGGAACAAACACUACUUCAAGAUAGACAUGAAGCCAAAUACACAAAUGGUGUUAAUAGAAACAGCAGGCAAUACUCCUCGCAUUCUUCGUUAAUACAUGAUACUGAAGACUCAAGUUACAAACGAUCAACUUUACUUCCUAUGCAGGAACUAAACACAAACUCACCAAAAGCUGUGAAUGGAAUAAUGUGAUGAUUAAUUUUAAUUUUUUUCACUAUUUAUGUGUUUUUAUU